CAACCAUCAAGAACAUGAAAUUUCGGGCAACGCACAUCUCGACGUGCAUAGUGUUAUUUAGUCAAGGAAAAAUAACUUUGCUUGCAUGAUAAGAUUGUUAGGUGAGCAAACCACGAUUAAUUUUGCCUUUACUUUAUAAAAAACCAGAAGUAAGGCAAACUAUCAUUGUUACCCCCAGAAAAUGGCAGUGUCUAUAUCCAGAAAAAGACCAAAAUCAUCAUCUAGAAAUCUAGAAGCUAAACAAUCUUACUUUGGCCUUACAAUCCUCUACAACUAUCUUAGUAGAAUUUCUGCUCUAGUCUUCCUCAUAAUCCUUAUCUACAUGUGGUCUUCCUUCUCUACCUUAAUAACAGGAAACAUCAUUCAUGUUUGCUUUUCCACAAGGAAAAUCGAUAACCUCUAUUGUCUGUCUGCAGGUACUCACCCCUCCUUUGAAAUACCAACCUCCACAAACAAUAAUAUCUCUACUAUUACCCCUGGAAUUGAUCAGGGUAAUGCAACUGCUGAACCUGUCAACUUUCCAUAUACCCCACAUCCGGUUACUGCUGCUAGUAGACUAGUUAUCAAUGAUACAGAUGAGAGGGUUGCAAAUGCUGUUAAGGUCGUUGAGGAACAAUUGCAAGUCCAUAGAUCCUGGAGGUCAAAGUCAAACAAAAACUAUGCAACUUGUGAUGGUAAUGGAAUAUACGUUUAUGACUUGCCAUCCAAGUUUAACAAGGACUUGGUGGGUCAAUGCCGUGACAUGGUUCCGUGGCAGGACUUCUGCAGCUAUUUAAGUAACGAGGGGUUGGGUGAGCCAAUAGCCAAGCUUGGCAAAGGAUGGUACAAGACUCAUCAGUACUCGCUUGAACUCAUAUUUCAUUCCAGAGUCUUGAGGCAUCCUUGCAGGGUUUCUGAUGAAACGGUUGCAAAGCUAUUCUAUGUUCCAUUCUAUGGUGGUUUGGAUAUCUUGCGAUGGCAUUUCAGGAACGUGUCAAAUGAUGUGAAGGACAGUUUGAGUCUGGAAUUGGUGAAGUGGCUUGAGAGACAAGGACCGUGGAAAAGGAAUUCAGGUAAGGAUCAUGUGUUUGUGUUGGGUAAGAUUUCGUGGGAUUUUAGGAGAAGCAGUGAGUCUCCUUGGGGGACUAGAUUGUUAGAACUUGACAAAAUGCAAAACCCCAUUAAGCUCUUGAUUGAAAGACAACCUUGGCACGUCAAUGACAUCGGAAUUCCUCACCCAACCAAUUUCCACCCACAUUCAGACAAUGAUAUAAUCUCCUGGCAACUGAAAAUCAUUAGAUCAAACCGCAAAAACCUUGUGAGUUUUGCUGGAGCAGCACGGGCUAAUGCAGAGGACAACACUAGGUCAGCAUUAAUCAACCAAUGCACUUCAUUAGGUGAUGGGAAAUGUCAUUUUAUGAAUUGCAGUUCUGUUAAGUGUGGUGAGGCUGAGUCAGUAAUAGAACUUUUUGUGGAGUCUGAGUUUUGCCUACAGCCCCCAGGAGAUAGUCCAACAAGAAAAUCUGUUUUUGAUUCGCUCAUAUCAGGUUGCAUCCCUGUUCUCUUUGAUCCUUUCACAGCUUAUUACCAAUAUCCUUGGCACUUGCCCCAUGACCAUGAUAAGUACUCCGUGUUUAUGGACAAAAAAGAGUUGACACAAAUGAAUGUGGUGGAGAGACUGGCCAACAUUUCGUUAAGAGAGAGAGAAAACAUGAGGAGAUAUAUUGUAUACGAACUGUUGCCUGGAUUGGUAUAUGGGAAUUACAACGCUGAGCCUGACAAGUUUCAGGAUGCGUUUGCCAUUACAAUGAACAAUCUGUUUGAGAGGGUUAGCAUGUUGGAGCAACCACACAAGGAUUGA